GUGACGCGGUGGACGCGCUCUCCAACGACCCCCAGAGACAAAAGACAUUGACAUUUCACUUCUCUAGUCGACUGGGUGAGCGCGUAAACGACGGGGUUGUUGUUUUUCUGUCCCAGAAACCUGACUCUGGCUCACAUUCAUGUGCCAUCUUUGAAUAAAUCGACCAAUCGCCAUUUGUCUGAUUGCCUGCUGGGUCCCGGAGAGUGGAGCGUCGUCGUGCACCGCGACUCCCCGACGAGAAGCUUCUGUGGGCUGCACCAGGAGCCCCCGUGCGGCUCCCUCGACAGGUCUCCCCGGGAUCCGUGGGGUUUUUUUUUUUGCAUCGCUCCGCAAUUUGCAUUUUCUUGCGCGGAUUGUCCGUGCGUCGGGCUCAGCCGCUCGGAACCAGCGGGCUCUCCACGGCUGCGCCUCCAUUUCCCAGCGACGCGCCGAGAGAAAGAGAAAAACCUCUGGACAUUGUUGUUGAAUUAUGUUGCCGAAGCUGCGCCAGCGAGGGAAUUGAGGACAUUUUGAUUUGCUGUUCUGCUGCGUACCUACGAGGACAGACACGUGUCUUCGGGGUAAACAGAAAGGGCUUGAUCGUGUCAGCAGAUUGCACCCCCCCCCCCCUCUCUCUCUCCAUUUGUUUGUUGUACACGACCGAGUUGGAGCUUGGCGACGCGCUACACAUUACAGGGGUGUUUUUUUUGCGCCUUUGGUGAUAAAGACGCGUUUUGGAGAUGUCCGAAGUGCUGCCGUUCAACGAAGACAAAAUGAGUCAUUAUGGAAACGAGGGCGACGAGGGACACCUUUCCUUCACCUGUCGCCUUCAGGACACCAACAACUUCUUCAACGGCUCGCAGAACAAGCGUCCACCGAAACUCGGACAAAUAGGCAGGAGCAAACGGGUUGUGAUCGAGGAUGAGAAUGGCGACGACGAAGCUCUGAAAAAUGGAACAGAGAAGACCCCGCCAGAGGCUUAGAGCACUCUUGCUCGCCAUCCCCCAAAAGACACUCUUGAAAAAAUUUUAUGACGGUAUUUACUAGUUUUAAUCCAAAGACACUGUAUAUAAGCACUUUCUUUCAUGUGGCAGCAAGCAGCACUUCCACACCCUCCUCUCCCUGUCAGUCAUGGCCAUCCGGGUGACACAUACUGGCAGGGGCGGGAGAUGGCAGCGAAGGAGACCCCCAGGUGGACCCCCCCCAACACACACACACACACAUACACAUACAAUGAAAUGCCCUUGAUUACAGGGUUUCGCCAUAAAUCCAAAAGUGGAGAAGACAAGGGGGGGUGAUGUAGAGGAAGGAGGCGACGCUGCCGAAAUGCAGAAAUCAGGGACUGGAUACAGAAAUAAAUAUAAUAUAAAAACUAAAGCACACACUUCUAUAUCUCAUCGAUUAAACCUUUCUUCUCUUCAUUUUGAUCAAGGGAAAAAUAAUAAACUGAAUUUGUAAAUAUGGAAAGGGUAGCCCAUAUUUUCUUGCACAAAGUGGGAAUCAGUAAACUAGCUUGUUCUCUGUGUUGAAGACUUGAUUUAUUGAUCCUCUGGAAUAUGUCUUUUGCAGUGACUUAAGGCCUGAGGGAGUUUUUUGUAUGUAAAGAAGACUGUGAGCGAAUGAGAGUGAGAUUUUUUUUCACUUAACUAUUCUUGAUGUUGCCUGAGUGUUUUUUUGUUACCAUAUUUUGCAGCUAAAGAGUCAUUUAUAUAAAGUGUACCUCCCACCUGUUUGUAAGCUUCCCAGGCUUUCACCUGGAUUGGUUGAUACUGUAACUUGACUGUACACACCCUAUUGAUAAACUAUUUAUAUUGCAUUGUGCAUUAUCGUGUGUGCCAAAUCUCAUGAGGGAUAAACUGUACCAGAAAACUUGUUCUUUUUUUGUGCUUUAUACAUUUACUCGGACGGUUCAGUUGUUUUGUUAGGUUGCCAUUUUUUAGGGCUCUUUCUUAAACACUGAAAUACCAACUCAUGCAUGGCAAAUAUGAAAUCAUGCAUGCACGGCAGAAGUUCUGAAACUCUUGUGUAUUCUUGAAGCACCUCGUAUACAGCUUUGAAUGACAAACCUCGAGAAACAGUCUUAAUUCUGCGUUGUACUGUACGAUUCACACUGAUUUGUACAGUGGACUAAUAUCUUGUAAUAAAGAUUUGACAAAGUA